CUUCCGAGCAAGCAAGCGCGGUGUAGCAGCAGACGAGAUGCUUCGUGGUCGCAGGUUGCAAAGAGCGCGCGGUUGGGAGAAUUGGGCGCGUGAGAGAGGGAAUCAAACCUCUGACCAUCAUUCCUUUGCCUCGCCUCCAACACGUUGUUUUCCGCGAUAACCUGGAUCUCCCCGCCGGGAUCUUUCUCACAUUUAGCGCAUAUCUCAGCCCAAUACACGUCAUGCUAGGUUUUUCUGUAUUUUUCUCAGGUCUUCCGAUGACUACCGCCAUGGUAAUCCCCGUUCCAGAUGGCCGUCGCGGUCCGUUUGCUGUGAACAAUAUAAGAGUACCUUGCGAAGCUGAUGCCCUCUUCUCUUCUGUCUGUUGACAUCGCCCAACCGCCGGGACCACUCCCAGUGUGCUCGCUGCCAUGACCGAAUACACCACUUCCUCAGACGCUGUUCGGGAGUACCUGACUGCCCAGGAACGCACCGCUCGAUGGGUCAAUGCACACUUGCCAAACGGUGCGAGUGCAGAGUUCCUUUCACCGUCGCAUCCACCGUCUAUCCUCGAUGACUCGGACGCGCCUAGCUAUGGCCCGGAUUCUGACAACGAAAGCAGCCAUUCGCUGCCACCACGGAUGGUCUUACACUACGGGGGCGGCAAGCCAGAUAUACCCAUAUCUACGGAUUACGGGGGCUCUCACUCGCGGACAGGAUCAAAGACGCAUGUUGCCACACAUAGGCGUUCGAAAUCGGGAUCGCAUGUGCAGGACCGCCAGAGCAAAACGUCCAAGACCCAGGUACCCUUCACGCAAUCCGUUUCGUACGACCCGAGUCACCCUACCAAUUCGCCGCCAGUAGAGGAUCCCUAUACGCCUCCUCACUCUCCAGAAAAUAUUAUAAUUCUCCCGUCCCGUCAGGAGAGCGAGGCCCAGCAGCCCACUCGCGAAGGCUCACAGGCAGCGCAAAGCCCGUCUCAUAACUCCCCAUCUGACUCUAGAUCGCAUUCGCAAUCUCCAUUAGGUGCACCAGGGUCUUUGUCGCUGCAAGGCGAACUCCCUCCUCUGCCACAGCAAAUUCCGAAUGCGGCCGAACGGGCGUCGCAUUCGCCGUCUUACAAUGGCUCCCAGCAAGAUGUGGUUGCGCCAUCGCCAAUGCGCGCUUUCGACCAGACACGGGUCCCUCUCCCGGUUGGUCUGCCACCGAUGGUCUAUUCUCACUCGCGUUCUCCCUCCCACCCACAUGCCCCGCCAACCUCCUAUGUCUCUAGCGCACGCUCUGCAACAGCACAAUCUCAGUUGCCCUAUGCAUACCACCCGCCAGCAAUUGUCUAUGCCCCUUCAUCGAAGCAUUCCAAGUCGCACUACAGCCCUCCUGCGAUCGUGUACUCUCCGUCGGCCACCCAGGCCCCUCGCUCUCGUGAGGCGCCUACAAUUGCAUACAGUCAUUCUGCACCUGUUCCCCAGCUAUCUCACCGGCCUCGGUAUGGCAGCACCCCUUACCAUUCCAUGCACUCUUCCCCGACUAUCGCCGAGGAGCCCGCGCUAGUUCCAUACGGCAGAAGCUACAGCAGCGGCCGUAGCGCGAGCCGUGACGCUCGCACCCCUGCGACGAGCGUCAUGUACGUGCCCGCAGAUCCGCGUCCGCGCUCACGGCCAUCGCGCGACUCGUCACCCAGCGACGAUGAAAGCGAGCGCGGGAGUCGCACCUCAGGAAGCACAUACUACGUUUUGCCGACUCCAGGCCAGAAAGUCAAAAUCGUCGUGCCUCAUGCGGCUUCUAUCUACACAGCGACGUCGACGACCAAAUCGGCCCAUUCUCCGCAGUCCGCACAUUCAGGGUCCAAACGGCCUUUCUUCCAGCGAAUCUUCAGCAUCCCGAAGCUGCCGGGCUCUUUGGUGAGCACGGAGUCGAGGGGGGGCAUGGGUAAGAGGAUGUCCCGGAGACACACCGUUAGCGAAGCUCACCUGCAAGCAAGCAUGGGCGUUCCUCACCGGUAGGCUCCGCAGCUGGCGAUUACCCUUGUGGCGUAAUUGGAAGCAGCGCUGUCGCACGAAGUGAAAAUUGAUUACGGUUUGGGUCGGUGAGAAUUGUCGGCGUCCAGUUUUGCUUGAGAUCAUCGUCCACCUUUACCGCAUGAGGUUAGUUUGCCGUCUAUGACGAUCACUCAUUCCUGCAUGAUCCCCAUUCGCAACGCUUCACACUAGAGUACUGUCGUCACAGACAGCAUCAUGUAGCCAGUUUUGAUACCUAGGAGACACGAGAUAUCCAUGGACAAUUUUUGUCGCUUGUUCGAACUGAUAGUCGGGACGACAAUCAAAGUACACAAGUCCACAACUU